AUGACGCUUACCGUACUCAGCGAUAGGGAUGUCAGCCUCAUCUUACAUUCUUUGACCCGCGACGACGUCCUGCAUCUACAGGAGACACUCGCCGAUGCGCUCCACUGGUAUUCGACGAGCAGCGAUGCUAACGAUUGCGGGUCCGACUAUCAGCCCGAUCGCAUCGUCACCAAUCGCAAAGAUGGUUCUACAUCGAUAUAUAUGCCAGCAAGCGGAUUGGCGUGCCAGGGUGUCAAAGUCAUCAACCUGUCACCGUUGGAGCAUUCUGAUGGAACAACUUCGACAAUUCGAGGCUCAAUAACACUUCUAGACGCCAACGGAAACACCACCGGUCUCAUCAACGCCGAAGAAGUGACUGCUUUUCGUACUGCUCUGGCCUCGAUGAUUCUUUUCACCAAGCGUGACUCUGUUCACGACAUGACAGUCUUUGGUGCUGGUAAGCAGGCUUAUUGGCACAUCCGGCUUGCCAUGCUUCUCCGAGGCGCCGAAAUCCAUCACUUGAACGUCAUCACGAGAAACUUCGACACCGCCCGCCGUUGCUUCGAACGCCUCUACGAUCCAUUUCCUGACGACGAAGUCUACGACAAUUCGCUCUGCACCAUUUUCGACCAUCCCCGUUUCCGCACCACAAUCCUCACUCCCGCCCAUACGGAAUAUCCGCGACUCCUCAAAGAAGCCGUGCGAGCCUCCCACGUCCUCGUAACAACCACUCCCUCCACAACCCCGCUCUUCCCAGCGAAAUACCUCACAAAUCCCGGCGGCCGUCUCCGGGGCCGCUACAUAAUCAGCAUCGGCAGCUACAAGCCACACAUGAUCGAGCUCCACCCGGACAUCCUCCGCCAAGCGAUCUCCGCGCCCUCGAGUUCCCACAGCAGCAGCGCAUCCUCGAAACCCCACCACCAUCACCUCUUCCACUUCCACCAACGCCGCCAGCGCGAAGGCGGCGCCAUCGUCGUCGACACCGUCACCGGCGCCCUCCGCGAAGCAGGCGAGAUCAUCCAGGCGGGCCUCGAGCCCGAACAAGUCGUCGAGCUGGGCGAGCUCUUCAUGUUGAAGCGUGACGCUGCCGAGAAACCCCAGGGGUGUCAUCUGGCGGACCAGAGCGGUCUCAGGGACUGGUUGAGUAAAGGGAAUGUCAUCUACAAGGGGGUGGGGUUGGGGAUGAUGGAUGUUGUGGUGGGAGGGGAACUUGUGAGACUGGCGAGGGAGAAGGGGAUCGGGACGUUUAUUGAUGAUUUCUGA